AUGUCAAAUUGUUUGAUGCAACUAAAUCAGUGUAUAUUUCCAAACUGUUCUCAGCACUUUGCAAACCAAUAUGAUCUAACGGCGCACAUCGAAUAUACACAUAUUCCCGUUAUCGAAGAGGAUGUGAAAAGAAAAAAGAUUUACGCAGCGAAUAGUGAUCAGCCGAUGCCACCGCCUGCAAUGAACCUUCCGUUGAGCUACUACAGUCGAGUUUUUCGUACGGCAUAUCGACCGAAUCCCAUCAAGCCUGAGCCUUUAAAACUCUCAUUCAACCAUUACAAGAAGAAAACUAUUCCGAAGGAAAGAUCUCAUUCAAAUCCAAAUGCUACACGAUAUUAUAGAGACAUGAUGGCUCGUCAAGGCAGGCACAUUAGCAUCGAAGAAGCUGAGAAACGUUUGUGUGAUAUCGACUUCGAAGAGUGCGGUGCAGACAAUCCAGAAGUAAGAUGGCAAUGUGCAAUAGUCGAUUGUAACAAGAGAUACAAAAGCAUGUUCGCAUUGCGCGUUCACAUGAAAAUAUGCCACAACGUUGUGGUGUCCGAAGAGGCGAAAAGUUUGACCAGUUACCCUUCGGAAGACGUCAAACCGAAUCUUGCGGCCCUCCAACAAGCUAUGCAACAGUCAUCCCAGAUGAAUCCCGAUAGAACCAUGUCAUCAGGAACACCAACGUCUACAAGCACUUCAAACACUCCAGUCGUCCAAGGUUCUCCUCAUCCCGGAGGUCCGAGCUUCGGAAAUCCAGCAACAAACACAACAUCGUUCAAGUGUUCGUAUUGCUCCAAACGCUAUAAAACAUCUUCUGGACUAUCCAACCACAUGAUGUCGUCACAUCAGAAAAUCUCUGAAGCACAAGAUGUCCCAUCACAACUUGUAGUGGAACAACUGAUUUCUCAAGUUCGUAUGCAACGGAAUCAAGAAGGCAGUAGCUCAGGUGGUCAGAGCCCACAGAAGCAUGUUUCAUCACCAUCAUCACAUUUUCAAAGUGUCGCAAACGGUUCUUCGCAUGCUCGUAAUUUUUCUGUAACAACUACACAACAACCGAUUCGAUUCUCUCAACCAGGAUUCCCAUUGAAUUUGGAUAAUCAACCAUCGACAGGGCAGAAACUUGAAGGGAUAAUGUUUAUUGAAUCUAAAAUUUAUAAUUUACAGCAGAAACAAAUUCAAGAAAUGAAGAAAAUGCAAGAAUUACAAGCUUCUCAAGCGUUGGCUUCUUCUCAACAGCAACAUUCACAACAAGGACAGCAAGGCCAACAUUUUCCAUCACAUGCUGGUCAAACAGGACAAAACUCUGGGCAAAGUUCCUCGAAUCAACAUCCACAAAUGGGGCAAUUCCAACAGCAACCACAGCAGCAAUCACAACUGCAGCAUCAACAUCAACAGCAGCAACAACACAAUCAACAGCAACAACAACAUCAGCAACAUCAGCAGCAGCAACAACAACAGUACCAUCAAGUGCCUUCUCAACACCAUCAACAGCAGAGUCCGUAUCCCCAACAUGUGAACCAGAUGGCUCAACAUAGUCCGCAUGCAUAUCAACAACAUCAACAGUCUCCUCAGCUUUCACAAUAUUCGCAAGCAUCGCAGUCACCACAGCAGCAGCAUGCGAAUGGGUCAGCACCCCCACCACAACGUUCUCCGAUCCCUUUAUCACAACCACUUCCACCACUAAGCUCGAUGACUCAACAACAACGGAUGCCAGUUCAACAAAUGCCAUCCUCAAAUUCAGGACCAAUGCAAUUCUCGUCCCCCGACUCGCAAGGUUACCAUAAUAUGAUGCCAAGUCCUUUGAAUGGGCAACUGACGCCUUCUCAGCAACCGCCUCCGUACAAUCCCUGA